AUGGCGGCUGAAAAUAGCAUUUUGAAUGCUAUUGUGGCUCUUCGUCCUUUACGUGAUGAAGUCGAUAAUUUCUUUUUGUUUGAAGAAGAAGUAAAAACAGCUCUCACUUCAAUUUUUGAAAAAAACCGUGUGGGCCAAAGCUCUUUGAAACGAGCUAAAAUGUCACAAAUUCCAGCGACAGCACUCCUGGAAGGAGAAGUGAAGAUGUGGCUUAAGAUGCUCCAUAGGCGCCUCAGUCGAAGAAUGAAGGCCCGAAGCGCUUGGACUGUAGAGUUUAAAAGGGCGAUGUCCUCGGAAAUAUUUUCCUUAAUUUUACAGAUGGUUAAAAAGGCCCGUUCCGCUUAUGGUGUUGUACACAACGAAGAAAAACACACAGAUAUAAUCUACUAUAACAGAGAGAACAGACUGAUUCGAGAUUUUGCCCAGUUAUCUGAGCUAAGCAGAGACUCAGUCCGAGAAUUCCUUAUUAAGCAGAGUAAAGGAACAAGAAAAGGAACUUCAAAAGUUUCCAUAACUUCUGAAACGCCUUUCACCAUCACAUUUAUUAAGAGGACACAGCAAGUGAGUGUCAAACAUUCCCUUGAAACAGGCUGAGGAAUGUUCAUUUGAGCUCCCAUGAAUUUUGGCAGCAGCUUCAAUGGUUUCAUGCCUCCUUUUUCUUGUGGUCCUUGGUCCCAGUGUUGAUUCUCCAUUGACAAGUGCAGUAGGGCUUCUUGUUCGUGCCUGAGAUACCUGUCCCUGUGACUAAAAUAUUGCUAAAUUAGACACUGGGUAGUAACACAAUUAUUUAAAUUAGAUGUGGUUGGAUGAUAACAAAAUAGAUAUUUAGCCAAAUCUUACAUUCAAUAUGUUGAUGUUUACAAUUUAGAGACACUGUCAUUUAUGACAGUCUUUACUGACCAAAUGAACACAGGCACUCG